GGGCGGGGCCGGGCGGCGCUCCCCAAAGUGGCGGUUUACUGGAGGCAGUUUCCUUAGUAUCCGGAAUAGUUUGAGUCUGUGGCGAGCGGCGCACCGGAACAGCGUCGGUGUUAUCUUAGCAGGAGUGGGACCCCUGAGGCCUCAGAAACAGGCUUUUGUCUGGCCCGGGACUCCUCGGCGUUCAGCGCUUUCCCCCAUAACCGGAUACCGGUUAUUUGGACUCUGCCUUUGGCUCAGGUUCCCGCCCCACCCUACCAGGCCCCUUUCCUUCUGGCUGCUGCGGUCGUUCCUCCCUUUCCUCGCGGUGCCACCGGUGGGCACCGUCUUCGUUCUCUCAGUAGAUCCCUUUUUCUCCCCCCUUUCAUCCCAUUCUUUCCAGAAGGCAGUCUUUAUACUUUUCCUUUUUAUUUCUUCCCACUUCUUUCCCCUUCUUUCCUCUUUCCUUCCUUCUCCAGAAUUCUCGUUCUUCGACUGCCUGUCAGGCUACUGCCUCCUCCAAGGCUUCUCCCCCUUUCUGGAGCCUGUGCUCAUGGCUUAGGAGGUUGAGCUUUUAGCGCAGUCGUUUGAAGAUUUUAAGCUUCUCUUUUCUCCUGCCCAGGAGUCACAGAUGCCAGGAAGUAUGGCCCCCUUCAAGAAGUCUCGAAAUACCACAAGGGUGCCUCUGGCUUUAAACCCCCUGAAGAGCAAGGACGUGUUGGCAGUGCUGGCUGAGAGGAACCAGGCUAUAAUGCCAGUUGGGGCAUGGGUGGAACCUGCCUUGCCAGAUAGUUCGGAAGUCCCAGCAUAUACUUCAGCAUAUAUGAUUGAAGAAGAACUAAAGGAACAGCUAAGAAAAAAACAAGAAGCUCUGAAGCAUUUUCAGAGACAAGUCAAACACCGAAUAAAUCAGCAAAUCAGGCUGAGAAAAAAGCAACAGUUUCAGAGAUCUUAUGAAGCAGCAGAAAAAGAAGGCUCUAUAGCCAUGCAGUCUUCAGAUCCAGCACAUUUAACUCCUAAAAGAACAAGUGUUUUUCCAAGCGACUUGAAUGCUGCUAUUGGAAGUGCUAGGUUACCUCCUUCCCAGAUGCUUGGGGAUGGAAUGGACGAUAGAGAGAAUCAGAAUGAAUUAUUCCAACAACAAGCCCAGGCUCUUAGUCAAACCAUGAAACAGGCCCGUCACCGGCUGGCAUCCUUUAAGACUGUGAAUAAAAAAAAUGAGUCACUGUUUCCAGAUGGUAGAAGGAAAACCUUUCCCCCUCAAGAGGAACCUGACUCUGAGGAAUCUUCAUCUGUUAUGAUAGAUAAGAAAGGGACAGAAAAUUUGUUUUGGGGAGACCAGCAGGAUCUCCUUUCUGAAGACAGGGAUAAACCUUUCAGCAGAGUUCAGAAAGUACAGUUCAAAAAUCCACUAUUUGCUGUGAUGAAAGAGGAAGAGCAAAAGCAAUUAGAUCUUCAAGGCCUUCAGAAUAUUUUUCCAGAAGCCCAGGAUUAUCUUCCAGAAGCCCAAGAUGAUCUGCUGGAAACCCAGGGUGAUUUGACAGGAAUCCAGAGUGUUGAGCUAGAAGCUGAGAGUAUUGAGCCAGAAGCCAAGAGUGGUGAGCCAAGACUCAAUACUCUGGCUAUUGAGCUGGAAAGCCAAGCUGUUGAGCCCGAAGCCCAGGCCAUUGAGCCUAAAGCCCAGGCUAUUAAGAUAAAAACUCAGGGUAUUAUGCCAGAAGCCCAGAAUAUUGAACUAGAUGAUGGGAGUAUUGUGUCUAAAGUCCAGGAUUUGCUACCCAAAGAACAGUGUGUUCUUCCCAAAGACCAGAAUAUUCUACCCAGAUGUCAGGACCAGGACUUUCUACUUAAAGACCAGGAUUUUCUACCCAAAGACCAGGAUAUUCUACCUGAAUGUCAGGACCAGCAUUUUCCUUCCAGAGACCAGCAUGUUCUCCCUGAGGACCGGAAUAUUCAAUCCACAUUUCAGGACCAAGAUUUUCUACCCAAAGACCAGCAUCAGCAUUUUCUACCCAGAGAUCAGGAAGCAAAUUUGAAGCAGCCAGCAUCAAUUUUGAUAGGCCCAAGAGGGAGAGAGGCGUUUCCUCUGGAUGUCCAUCAGGAUCUUCUACCCAGGCAUCAAGAUCAGACCUCCACCAGGGACAAGAGCAAGUAUAUCAAGCAACCCUCAUCUUGUGAGAAAUGGGAGAUUGAAAGAAGAAUUGCUUCUGAAGUGCCAUCGCGCAGGAACCAUGGGCAGGCCUUUCGUAACAUGACAGAUAAGAGAUGGAGAAAGGAGUUAUUUCCGGAGCACCACAAAUAUGAUUUACAUGAUAUCCAGGAUCCAGGUUCAGCGGGAGAGCAGAGCUUAUACUUCAGGCAGCAGCCGUCUGUUGGGACAGCUGAAAGAUGGCAAGAGGAUUUGCUUCUGGACGACCAGCAGCAUCUGCCAGCCAAGCACCAGACAGAGGCUUCCAGCAGAAGACAGGUUUAUGAUGGCUAUCAAUCAAAAUUGAACACUGAAUUCCAAAUUCCACUGACACUCCAAUCUGGAGUAGAUCAUGAAGAAGACAAGAAAGAGCGUCAAAAGCAAUACCUGAGAUAUAGACGACUUUUCAUGGAUAUUGAGAGAGAACAAGUAAAAGAACAACAAAGACAAAAAGAACAUCAGAAGAAAGUUGAAAAAAUUAAAAAAGAGAAAGAGCGGCAACGUUAUGCUGAAAAGCAGAGGAUACUAAGAGUGAACCUUCCUGAAGAGCUAUAUUCAGGGGAGAAGAUGAGUGACAUACUAGCCCAGCUAAAACUUGAGGAACUAAAAGGAGCCAGAGAAAAACAACAACAGAGAGAAAAGGAAUGCCAAAGAUAUAUAGAAGCUCUGCGAGCCCAGAUCCAGGAGAAAAUGAGGCUGUAUAAUAUUACUUUACCUCCACUAUGCUGCUGUGGUCCUGAUUUUUGGGAUGCUCAUCCUGAUACCUGUGCCAACAAUUGUAUUUUCUAUAAAAACCAUAGAGCAUAUACCCGGGCACUACAUUCGGUCAUCAAUUCCUGUGAUAUCCCGGAGGGGACCUCAACUGUUCGAGUUGCCAUGCAUAAUUUGGCUUCUGCACACAGACGGACUUUGAAAAAUCUAUAAUGAGAAUCCGAAUCCAAUUGUUAGUAUUUCAGUCUUCACUUAAAAUCAACCCUGAGAGAUUAUUUAGGAAAACUGUUAAAAUGUAUAAGACGUGUAAUCUGGAAAGAAGGACUGUCCCAACGUGACAACCAUCUCUAUAAUUAGAUCAUAACCAUUGUUUCAGUCUCUGCUUGGACUGAAAUUGAAAGUCGACCUCUAAACUUGUGUUUUUGCUGUGAACUCUAUAGAGUCUAUUGUUUUAAAAAUGAUCAGUCAGACCAGUAAGGUUUUUUUUACUUAGCUCUGCUCUGAUCAGAGGAGAUCAUGAGAAAUCUUUGAGAUUAUCUCAUUUAUUAUCUUUCUAAAAGUGUAUCUUUGAAUCUUGACAAGAUAUGAAAAUGUCUAGAUAAAGCCAAAAAGAUGAUGAAAUGAGUUUCUAAGUAUCAGUGGCCAUCUGUAUUGCUGAUAGCUUUUCUAGUUGUGUAUAACAGUUAGAGGUGAGAAGAAUCUGAAUUUGAUGCACAUUUUUUUUCUCAAGAUUUUUCUUUCCUGGUUUUUUAACUUAUUACCUCUUUCCCCAUUCAGUGACAUUGGACUUAGGACUUUUUAAUUUUAUAAUUUUGUAUUGCAAAAAUAAAGUGAAUAAACCUUCUGUCUUUUGAGCAUCUUCUAUGUGAAAUCAUUGUGAGUGACAUUUCAAAAAGUAAAUCUGAAGUCAAAGUGAGUAAUCAAGUCCUGCCUUAUUUAUCCCUGUCUUUUAAAAAUCUGGUGAAUGGCAAAGCUACAAAGCAGAUGAAAUAAAAAUUGCUAUAG